AUGGACUAUGCGCGUCUCCGCGCCGCCGCUAUGAGCGGCGAAGACGAGGAGGCCGUUACAGUCGACACCCGGGCGCUCAUCGACAAGGUCCUCGCACGAUACUCGGGAGAAUGGACUACGUUAAGAGAGCUCAUUCAGAAUGCCGCCGAUGCACAGGCUACGACGGUCAAGGUCCGUUGGGAAACACUGCCGUCGACACAGGUGCCCCUCCCGGCAACCACCAACCAAUCCGAGCUUAUCAAGCAUGCCAUAACCCACCAUACACUGCGGCGACUCGUCGUUGAGAAUAACGGGCAGCCAUUCACUAAGACCGACUGGGCGAGGCUGAAGAAAAUUGCCGAGGGUAAUCCGGACGAGACCAAGAUUGGCGCCUUUGGUGUUGGCUUUUACAGUGUAUUCGCCGACUGCGAGGAACCCUUCGUCAGUUCCGGCAAUGAAGCCAUGGCUUUCUACUGGAAGGGGCACGCGCUUUUCACGAGGAAAGUGACUCUCCCUCCCGACCAGUCAAGCCCAAAUACAUCAUUCGUCCUGGACUACAGGAGCACUACUACCCCCAUUCCGAACCUGCUCUCCGUGAGCCAGUUCCUCGCUACCAGCCUGACUUUUGUUGCCCUACAAAAUAUUGAGUUUUGGGUGGAUGACUGGAAAGUGCUGGAUCUGCACAAGAACCCGUCCUCUUCCUUGAACCUGGACAUUCCGCGAGACUUGGAAACUAAGACCAAGGAUGGGAUCAUGAAGCUCACUUCAGCCGACAGCACCGCCAUCAAAAUCCAGGCCAAUUUUAUGAGCGUUAUUGGCUGGAAACCACAGACCGUAGCAUCAGCCACCAAGUCCAACGACGCUUACUAUGCCACUGAACUACCUACGCUGAAGAACUUUUUUUCGAGGUUCACGUCGGGUGUGUCGUCUGCAACCCGGAGCAAGGCGGCCAAGGAGGAGAAGGCAAUUCAAGAUGCCAUAACAGAAGAUCUUACGGCGCCGUCAACGUCGGUCAUCUUCCUCCGUGUAACGUCGGGCCAGAUAGCCACCCGUGUUUCUGCUUCGUUCGCUGCGGAACUAGAGCGGGCGACCAAAAAACCCCCUCCCAAGACCACAAAGCUUUCCAUUCUGACUUCCUCGUACGAAGCGACUAUGGCCUCGGCGGAGGCAUCGUCGGACCAGGCCUCCAAGAUUGCCGAUGUUUUCGCUUCGGUUCUUCCCAGCAAGAAGCCGGGUGGCCGCAUCUUCAUCGGAUUCCCGACCACCCAGACGACUGGCGCUGGCAUGCACAUCUCGGCGCCCUCGGUGAUACCUACAGUCGAGCGUGAGGCGAUCGAUCUCAACGCACGUUGGGUGCGCUCCUGGAACAUGGAAAUGUUGCGUGCGGCCGGCAUCAUGUCCCGGCUUGCCUUUGCAGACGAGAUGGGAGGCUUGAAUGACAAGCUGAAAAGGUUGGCCGAGGCUAGCGACUCGACGCCAAGUGCACAGGUGUCCCAAAUCAUCGAAGAGGCCUUCUGGAUGGCCUGGAAAAGCCCACAUGUAGACGUCUUGUCUUCUCGCGGAGUGCUUCCCACGACAAAGGUGCGCACCUCAUCUGACGAGGUUGCUAAGUUUGUCGCCGCAAUCCCGGUGGUUAUGAAAGAGAUGAUGGAGGAUCCAUUCAUCAAGCGGCUGAUUGACUUCGGGUUGAUCCGGGACGUCACCGUUGAUGAUAUCUGCCAGGAGCUCGGAGCCAAGGCUCUGGACAAGGACCAGCUGAGCCAUUUCCUCCAGUGGAUUGCCAAAGGCGCUUUCAACGGGGACCUUGACCCCCCUGCCAUCCAGCGGCUUUUGGACGUCACGGUAGCCACUAUCAGCGACGGCGGUGGCUCGGGCGGUAUCAUUGCGCUUGGGGCAAUCAAGAAUUAUCCCAACAACAGAAUCCCGUCGACGCUCCCAAUGCCGCCUACUACCCUUCCCAUGGCCUUUACAGGACCCAUUACCGAAUCGUGGCUCCAAGCCUUGGGAUGGGAAGCACUGGCCAUAGUUCCUUGGCUGAGGUUCCUGAUCGAGUCCGCCCCCGGGAGCGCGGAUGAGCAGAACCUGAAAAAGUCGGACAAGUUCGCUCUCCAAGUCCUGACCGUUCUUUCAAAAAACUGGGACAAUCUGAGCCAAAGCGACAAAUCCUCGGUGGUGUCAGCGUUACAGCACAUCACGGUUAUGCCGACCAAAGCGGGUAUGAGAAAGCCUAAUGAGUCCUUCUUCCCGACCGUGAAGCUAUUUGAUGACCUACCAACUCUUGAGGGCUGUGCGAAUCUCAAGGACAAGUUUCUGUCCGCCUUGGGUGUUAGAAAGACGGUCGACCUGGACACAAUCUUCACUCGGCUGUUGAGCCCAUCCCCCGCCGCGGGGAAUGGUGUGGCUCAUGCUAAAUGGAGCCACAUGGAACUCAUCAAGUAUCUCACAUCGGUGAAGAACGACAUCCCUGCUGCCGACAUGAAGAAACUCCGGGAGUCGCCACUAUGCCCUGCCGAGGCUGGUCCCCGUGGGAUGGAACCAACGAAGGGCUCGAAACGGCUGUAUAGGGUGUCGGAGCUUUUUGAGCCCAAGGACUCGCUCAGAACACUAAGGCUGCCUAUCCUUCAUUGGCCAGGCCCGCCAGGAAGUUUCAGGAGCAAUAGCGCAGAGGCUCGGUUUCUGUACGAGCUUGGGCUGCGUUCAAAUCCGGCAGUCCCAGAGCUUGUCGAAAUGAUGGCUUCUUCAGACCAAGACCUCCGAACAAGCGCGAUGUCGUACUUCAUCGCGAACCAUCACCUGAACGGAUACACGUCAUUUGAUAUAUCGGUCACGGACAAGUGCAUUCUUCCCAUCGAAGGCAAGGAGAAGCAGCUGGUCCCCCCCUCAGCCUGCUACGCAAACGACAGGGCGGCCGUCCUUGGCUACAACGUUCUCCGGAAAGACCUGCAUCAGCAUGCUGCCAAGUUCGGCGUGGCUCGCGAUCCCCCCAUCACAGGAUGUGUGGAUAGGCUCAUCGCGAAGCCUCCUCAGGAUCGCAGCAUGGCAAUCACGCUGUUUGAGUACUUUACUACGCGGGUCGGUGAUUUGGGGCAUAAUAACCUAGCCAAACUGAGAGAUGCUGCGAUCGUACCGGUUAUGAGGCAGCACGGUGGCCACACGGGAGUUGGCGAGGUAAAGGGAUCAACCCUAGCUCACCUCCGACCCCCUCAUUGUUACCUGGGGAGCUCGUCCACAUACAAAGAUAUCUUCGACUUUGUCGAUUUCGGGCCUGACGCGAACACCUUCCUCUUCAAAUGUGGUGCGAAGAGCGAGCCUACCAAGCACGAAAUUGCCCAACUGGCUUGUACUGAGCCGGCACGAUUGCUGAGUAUCCUCCAAAGCCCGGAGAAGUACCUUAACCUCCUCAAAUCCAUCUUUGAAGACUUCGCGACCCUUAGGAAGGACAAGGACCUUCUUAGGAAGAUGAAGUCGUCAGCAUGGCUCCUUGGCUUUCGAGAGCUGACGUCGGGGAAGAGCCAGGGAUCUGAGACGCUUGAGGAGGAUGAAGCCCCCAUCAAGCAUUACCAACUAGCAACCGCCGACGCCAUUGUAGUCCUUGACGAUUACAUCAGCUACCGGUUGUUCAAGGAAGCGCUGCUGUGCGCUCCGGAGGACGACUUUCUCGAAGCUUUCUACAUGGCCCUGGGAUCCAACACUCUGGGCAGCAAAGUCAAGGAGGAUUUAUUUGUGGGGAACCAGACAAGAGAUCAGGAUGGGGCAGGGUGGCUACGGAAGCAUGUGCUGGAACGCUCCAAGCUUUUCUUGCACGAGUAUUCCAAGGACAAGCAUGACGCCGUCAAGCACGACACGCAGUGGCUUGAGAAGAACCUGCAAGUGUUGACUGUCUCCUCGCUCGCCCUGCGGCGAUCGUUGAAGGGCCACGCCAAAUCGCACCAGGAAAAGCGGUCAGCGGCGAGCUACAAAACCGCCAGCGGAUGGAUGCUUUAUGUCGCCGCUGAGAACAAACCGGACAUGUACCAAGUCGGUCAGGCCAUCUGCCAACUCCUGCUGAACCGCCCCAGCCAGCAAGCAUACUUCUUCUUCGAGCCCUUCUUGAAGCUUGGCCUGUUGGAACUACGAGCGCGCGGGUACAAUGUCGACCGUAUCCUGCGUCUAAAGGCGGCCGAAGCCCGGCUAGCUGAGGAAGAGCGCCGCAAAGCGCUAGAAGCGGAACAGCAGAGGAUCCGGGAGGCCGAGAAGGAAUGGGCCGCGCAAGGUCCUCUUGUCCGGGAUGCCAAGACCCCGGAGCGGACGCGGGACCGCAUGCCGGGCGGCUUUGACCAGUCCCCAGAGGCCAGCCCGCCGCGUCUUCCACCACCGCAGCAACAACCACCCAGGGUCGGCGGCGGCGGCCUCUUCUCGAACCUCUCCCGCCGCCUGGGGUUCGAGUCCGCAGACGACAAGCCCCAAUCACCAAACCCCGACCCACCACUGAUCUCGACCCCGGUCCCAACCGGCGACGGCAAACCCACCACAGACGGCGGGCGCGUCACCUCCCCCGCCACGGUGCAGCAAAACCUCCUCAACGCCAUCAAAUCCACGCGCGCCUACGACUCCUCGGCGCUCUUCACCCCACCGCGGCAGACCCAAGUCCAAGAACAAACCUCGUACUGCGACAGCAUGGCCGGGCAGAACCUCGCCUUCGCGGCCGAAGCACCCCGCGGCAUGCGCGUCUUCCUCGCGCGCGACCUAUCGGUCCCCCACGGCCAGUUCGUCGCCUCCCGCGUCGACAACAUCGCCCGCUUCGAGAGCCUGCUGCGCGACGUCGCGGCGGUGUAUGGAUUGAGUGAUCGUGUGCUGCAUAUGUAUUAUGAUGAGCAGGGCGGCACGAUUGCGUUUAAUAGCUCGGGGAGCGUGUUUUGCAAUAUGCGCUUUUGGGAGCAGUUGCAUAAGGGCAUGGAGCAGGGCCAGGCCAGGGUCGAGGCCGCGACCUGGUGGGAAUCAUUUGUCCAGCAGUACUUCCCCAAGAUGAUGGCCAUGGCGGCGCGCUGGACGGCGGCGCCCGCUGCUGCUGUUGCUGCUUGUGCUGCUUCCGCGCCGGCGGCUGGGGGGUCUACGACGGUUGCUACGCGGGAAUCGCCGCCGCCGUAUAGCUUGUGA